AUGGCUGAGGUUCAAAUUCAAGAAGAGGAAUUCAUUAAUCCUGAUAUUGAGGUAUUUAUAUCUUUCUUUGAAAAUCUUAAUAUAGAUUGUGAAUAUGACAUUUAUAAUGAGUACACAAGUGAGAAUUAUGGAAACAUCGAUGUCAGUUUGAGUUUGGAGGAACCCAUAAGCCAUGGUCAAACAUUAACACAGGAAGAAAUAGAAACAGAAACAUUAACACAGGAAGAAACAGAAAUAGAAACAUUAAGACAGCAACCAGUAGGUAGUAAGAGGGAACUACCAGUUCAGACCAGAAAGUUAAUUGUACAACAGUUAACUAGUUUGUCUACAGAAUCAGAUAGACGUUUGCCACGGGGUACAAUUAAAACAAUUGCAAUGCAACAUAACACAUCAAGGUGGACAAUAGCAAGGCUGUGGGAAUUAGCCAAAACAUCAAUGCAAAAUGGCAUUGUAAUUGAUGUUAAUAGUAGAAAAAGGGGAAGAGUUGGUAGGAAACCAAAAGUUUUUGACAUGAAUUUGCUGAAUGUUGUUCCGAUUGAAAAGAGGACCACAAUUAGAGCAAUGGCCUCUGCAUUAGGCAUUGGUCAUUCACAAGUUUAUAGAAUGAUAAAAUCCGGUAUUAUUAGAGCACAUACGAAUUCUAUUAAACCAAAACUUUCUCAUGACCACAAAAUGAGAAGAAUCAACUUCAUUUUAUCCCAAAUAAUACCACCCACUGUAGACAACAUACCAAAAUUCGGACUUAUGUAUAAUGUUGUGCACAUAGAUGAAAAAUGGUUCUAUAUGAGUAGGGCAACACAAAGGUAUUAUUUAUUUCCUUGGGAAGAGGAGGAACCAUAUAGAUGUGUGCAAAAUAAAAAUUUCAUAGGCAAAGUGAUGUUUAUAGCAGCUGUUGCAAGACCUCACAUUAAUUCUACAGGUGAAGUGUUGUGGGAUGGGAAAAUACGAAUUUUUCCGUUUACAGAAACUUAUUAUGCAGUGAGGAGGUCAGAAAACAGACCAGCGUGUACAGCAACAUUACGAGCAAUAACAAGAGUUACACGCGACAUUCUACGAGACAAACUAAUCACUGAAGUGCUACCAGCAAUAAGAUCAAAAUGGCCAGCAAAUGGGGUGAAAGAUAUAUGGAUUCAACAAGAUAACGCCAAGCCACAUAUUUUAAUAAAUGAUCAUGCAUUCAAUGAAGAAGCAAGGAAAGACGGAUUUAACAUAAGACUUGUUUGUCAACCAGCCUCUAGUCCAGAUAUGAACAUCUUGGACUUGGGAAUGUUUAGUGCUCUGCAAUCAAUUCAAUUCAAGUCAUUUCCCAAAGACCUCAAUGAUCUGAUAAAGGCGGUGAAUGAUGCGUAUGACACUUUUGAACCAAAGCUUUUAAACUACACUUGGAUACAAUAUCAACUAUGCAUGAUAGAGGUACUAAAAGCUAAAGGCGGUAAUAACUAUAAGAAUCCACACAUUGGAAAACAGAGACUGGACAGGCUGGGUCUGCUGCCCAGGCAAUUAGAAAUUCCACAAGAACUAAUUGAUGCAGCACGCCAAUUUUUAUCUCAUGGUAUAAUUAAUCUCAAUGAUCUUCCGCAAGAUGAUUGA